AUUUGAUCUCACCAGUCAUAUGACAUCACACAUUCUUUAGCUGGACGGAAGCUCGCUGCUAUUAUCCCAACCCUCAUCGUGGCAGUUUCAAGUUGUAGGUCAGAGUUACUGUGACAAGUUGAGUGCCUUUUGCUUGGUUGACUGAGCCAAGAAGAUGACUGCGAAGAACCAAACCUCAGAGAUCGACAUGCUGAUUGGGGAGAAACAAAUGGAGUUUGAUGAAGUUGCAGUUUAUUUCUCGGAGGAGGAGUGGGGCUGUUUAACUGAAGAACAAAAAGAGCUUUAUAAGGAUGUGAUGAUGGAGAAUUACCAAACCCUCAGGUCUCUAGGAUAUGUUCAUUUGAAACCUUCACUUGUUAUAAAGAUUGAGCAUAGAGAGGAGCCGUAUGUGUGCAGUUUUCCAAUUACCAAAGAUGGAACCACAAACUGCAAUAAUCCUAGUUAUGGCCAGAGUACUGAUACUUCUUUCAAUACUUUUCCAAAUCAAAGAAGCCACGUGGGGAAUUUAUCUUGUGAAUUUGAAGAAUGUUUUAACAAGAAAUCACAUCUUCUUGGUCACCAGAAAAUUCAUAUGGAAGUGAAAGCAUUUUCAUGUUCUGAAUGUGGAAAAUGUUUCCAACGGAAAUGGAGACUUACUAGACAUGAGGAAACUCAUACAACAAAGAGAGAAUUUUCAUGUUCUCAAUGUAGGAAAUGUUUCCUAAGGGAAUGGGAUCUUAAGAGACAUCUGAAAAUCCAUACAGGAGUAAGACCAUUUUCAUGUUAUGAAUGUGGGAAAUGUUUUUCUCGGCAAUCACAUCUUAUUGCACAUCUGAAUACUCAUACUGGAGGUGAAUUUAUAAACCACAGUAAUCCUAGUCAUGGUGAAAAUACUGAUUCUAGUUUCGAUCUUCAAAAUCAAAGAAGCAACGUGGGGAAUUUAUGUUCUAAAAAUGGGAAACGUUAUAUCUGGAAUUCAAAUCUUUUAAGACAUGAGAAAAUUCAUAUAGGAGAGAAAGGAUUUUCAUGUUCUGAAUGUGGGAAAUGUUUUACUCAGAAAUCAAAUCUGACUACUCAUUAUAAAAUUCAUACAGGAGUGAAAGCAUUUUCAUGUUCUGAAUGUGGAAAAUGUUUUACUCUCAAAGCACAUCUUAAGUACCAUCAGAAAAGUCAUACAGGAGAGAAAACAUUUCCAUGUUCUGAAUGUGGAAAAUAUUUUGCUUUGAAAUCGCAUCUUAAGGACCAUCAUAAAAUUCAUACGGGAGAGAAAGCUUUUUCAUGUUCUGAAUGUGGGAAAUGUUUUGCCCUGAAAUCAACCCUUGUUGUACAUCAGAAAAUUCAUACUGGAGUGAAAGCAUUUUCAUGUUCUGAAUGUGGGAAUUGUUUUGCUCGGAAAUCACAUCUUGAUAUGCAUAAGAAUAUUCAUGCAGAAGAAAAACCAUUUUCAUGUUCUGAAUGUGGAAAACGGUUUACUUGGAAAUCACAUCUUGUUAGACAUCAGAAAUAUCAUACAGGGGAGAAAACAUUUUCAUGUUCUGAAUGUGGGAUGUGUUUUAGUGAGAAAUCGAUUCUUGUUAUGCAUCAGAAUGUUCAUGCAGGAGAAAAAACAUUUUCAUGUUCUGAUUGCGGAAAAUGUUUUAAAUGGAAAUCAAAUCUUAUUACGCAUCAGAAAAUUCAUACUGGAGAGAAAGCAUUUUCAUGUUCUGAAUGUGGGAAAUGUUUUUCUUCUAACGCAAGCCUUAUUAGACAUCAGAAAAUUCAUUCUUGAGAGAAUGCAUGUUCAUGUUUUGAAUGUGGGAAAUGUUUUAUCACCAAAUGAGAUUGUGUUACUCAACAAAAAAUGUAUACAGGAGGGAAAAGAGGUUUUUGAA